CCCUCCCCCUCCUGCCCCGCAGUGUCCGAGAACCACAGCAGCUGCCGCAACCCGGACGGCGCCGCGGCGCCCUGGUGCUACGUGCGCGGCGCGGCCGGCGGCCCCGAGCGCAGCCCCUGCGCUAUCGGCCAGUGCCCAGCCACCACUUCCACAGCAGUUCAAGUCCCUACGGAUGGAGCUGAGGUUGCUCAGGAGAUGGACCAGGUGUUUGAAUCUGCUGAUACUUUGCCAUCACGCAGUGAGGCAGCUGUUGUACAGCCUGCCAUUGGGAUCAGUCAGAGAGUCCGGAUGAAGUCCAAGGAGAAGAAGGACCUGGGGACCCUAGGAAACGUGCUGGGGCUUAUCAUGAUAGUGAUAAUCAUUUCAAUUGGAGCUGGCAUUGGUGUGGGCUACAUCUACAAAAAGAGCAGAGAUCUGAACGCGCAGCAGGAACAGGAGGCUCAGGAGCGGGAAAUGCAGCGCAUCACGCUGCCACUCUCUGCUUUCACCAACCCUGUCUGUGAGCUGGUGGAUGAGAAUACAAUUGAGGUACACACCAACCAGACACCUGUGGAGGAGACGCAGGAUGGCAAUGUGCCCCUCAUGGGCCAGGCAGGCACUCCCGGGGCCUGAGCAACCACGCCACAGCAACACAGAUUGGACCUACCACAGUUCCAGCCCCUGGGCUCCCACAUGGGGACAUGGGACCCGUUUGUGUUUUGUUUUAUUUUUGGUGAAUGCCAGGGAUAGACGGGACUUGCAGAUGCGGCACGGCAGGGGCUGGGGAAGCACCAGCUGGCUUCCGACGGCUCCGUUCCGUUCUCUUUGGAGUGAGAGGCCAGGCCUGCCAUGGGCCCCGGAUUCCAUUACCCCCGCAUGGUCUUGGCUUCCUCGUCACUGUUCCUGUCCUGUGGGGAACGGUGCACGCUGUUACUUGCGUUUCAGCCUGGCAUCCUAAGGGGGAAACCUUUGCCCCGACUCAGAGAUGAUGGAGACUUGGAAUAAAGUGGUUCCCUUUCAAGGGUGGUAGCUGGGACAAGGCCUUCCCCUGUCCUGUGGUUGGGUCACACUGAGGUUCCCCCCACCUUGAGAGAGCUAGAGGUCAUUUGAACAGGCAGCAGUUAAACAGAAGGCAACAGCUUGACUGGUAGCAGAAGGUAUUUGGGCCUAGGGCAAUGUUUAGCUCCAGUAGCUUUCUGGGAACAGAUUUCCCCACAAUACUCAAAACAAAUCAAGGUCUUCCAGGGCCAAGGACAUGUUCCCACUCUCCUGUGCUGGGUUUCCCAAUACUCAAGAGUCUAUAUGGGCUGUCUGCUGGGACUCCUGCCAAAGCACUUGGAUCAAGAAAGCCAAAGGACAGGAGCAGUGCAAGCAAAAACCACGCCAAGCCCUGGGUGCCUGUACUAAGGGGCUGUAGCUGUUUCUGAAUUCCUGUCAGAUUUUCCAAGGGCUGUGUUUCCUGACGGUGCUGAAGCCAGCUGCAGCGUGAGCUCAGCAGGAAAGCAAAGACCAGCACAGCAAGCACUCAGCAAACCUGCUUGCAAGCAGAGCAUGACACAAUAGCUGUGUUGCAGGAUUGGCGACCUGGGCUCUGGCUCCUGUACCAGCCUCCCAUAUCUAUGCAGCAAAAGCUGACAGGCAGGUUGAUAGGGGAGUUGCUACCCAAUCUCCUUUAAUGGCCAAAGGCCUUUGGUUUCUGGGAAUUGAGGGGGUAGUUAGGUGAUAAACUCCCCUGAACACCUACAAAGAGCUAAACAGAGCUGCAGCCAUUGCCAGCCUACAGGGUUCAAGCCAUCGUAACCUCUCCUAGCCAUCUGCGUGACAACUGAGGGUGGAAGAAACGCAGCAUGUAACAGCAAAGGUUUUAGUGUCAACAUUUAUUUCAAAAAGGGAAAAAUACUGAAGCUUGGUUAUUUUUACUGCCUUUGAAUACCAUUACUUUGUAAAUGUUUUAAAUACCUCAUGAGUACGAGAUGGGGCAGAUUGUGCCACCUUGUAUUAAAGCUUAACAGAGAAUGAAAGGCA